AUGAAGUGUAUCGCAACUGUAAUUUUGAUGGCUCUUGCUGUUGCCGCUGAAGCAUCCUACGCCACCCAAAUCUACGCCCACCAUGGACAUGGUUAUGUCGCCUCUCCCUAUGGAGUUUAUGCUGCCCAUCACGGUUCAACCAUCAUCCAAUCGAACGAUGAUCAUCAAGCUUGGGCCCAUCACGAUUAUUGGCCAGCUGCUACUUAUCACUCGCAUGUGCACCAUGCUCCACCAGCCCUAGGACAUUGGGAUCAUCACCGCCACGCUCAUGCUGCUCCGGUGUUGCCUAAUCACCACACUGCUACGUACGUAGCCGUCAAUCCUGGAGCGGUGCACAAGGCUCCACUUCCUGGACAUAUUGUCAACCAGAAGUCUCUGAAUUUGGCUCCAGCUUCGGGGCUUUGGUAA